CCCACGCUGUCUCUAUGCUGUCUCCAUACUGUACCUGUCUCUACACUGUCCCCACCCACCGGGCCAGACCCAGAACAACAUGAAUCCAAAGCCGGAGCCACAUUUUUUUGCUCGAGCGCCAACGGCCGGCAGACGUUUCCCGCCUCAUCGUGCCGUCGCCAGAGCGCCCCCAGUGGCGGGGCGUUGCGUUUAUUUCCAGAGCGCCCCCCAGUGGCAGGGCAGCAGUCGCCAUGGAGACCGCGGGCCAGGUCAGGGUCGGUCCGUGCUGCUGUUUCCAUGGUGACGCGGCCGGCGGAAAAUGAAGUGGUGGAGGCGCGACUGGGCCUGGAUGUGGGCCGUUGCAGGGAUGCUGGCCACUCCGUGUGUACUAGCCACUCCGUGGUAUACUUCUCAGCCUCCCGCUGCUGCAGCAGAAGGCAAAGAAAACGAGGAUGGGCAAAAGUGGGAAUACGUCACCCGAGCUUCUGAACAUGUCGAGGAGGGACUGGACACUAGACAAGACCUGUUGAAAGCAAACAGCCACUUUGAACAGAUGCGUAAGACUGCAAAGUUCAGAUUUGUGUUGCCGAACAUCAACAUGAACCAACCAGUCGGCUCGUCGGUGCUGCUGUCUGUUAAUCCCAACAGGUUAAGGAGGAAGGUGGUGUGGAAGUUUCGCAAUCAUGAACGUGAACUGACCAUCCUGGAGCACGUGUCCUAUAGUAACAUGGUGUCCUUCAAUUCAUACUUCAGAUACCGGGCUGAUUAUGAUUUAUUGACUGGUUCACUUUUAGUGACUAAAUUGGAAUUGACAGAUGGUGGCUUAUAUGAAGUAAUUUUGAGUGAACUCACAGACGACAAGACAAUUACAUCCAAAAAUGUCUAUUAUUACUUGAAAGUGCAGGAGCUGCUGAGUACCCCAAGGAUAUAUCAGAAACCUAACUAUAUCAUGGAUAGUGUUCAGCUGAUCUGCUUUAUGCGAGAUAUUCAAAACAUCUACACUGAAUGGGCGAAAGACGGUGUGUCGUUGGUGAACAAUUCCCAUUUCGAAGUGAGCAAUGAUGGCAGUAUGCUGCUCAUUAAAGAGCUGAGAGUGUCGGACUGUGGCUCGUACAAGUGCCGAGUGCACAAUGACGUCAGCGCCAAUUUCGCCUCACACUUUGUCAGUGCCGACGGUAUUCUGUACAUUGUUUUCUAUGCAUUUGUGAUGUCAGUCGUUGCACUGGUCAGUAAUUUCGCCUCGUUCAUCGCAGCUAUAGUGAUCAACUUUGUUAUCCUUCACAAUUCACGAGUUGCAAAGUUUCGUAAUGAAUUCACCUUCAUCUUUGUGACGUUCCAGCUUCUGUCCUUUAUCUGCCUGCUUAUUGCAAGUCUUCUCUGUAUCUACGAUUCAGCUUUUACAACGUGGUUCAGGGUGGUCGCAGGGUUUGGUUGCAUCUACAGUUUAACGAUGAUCACCUAUAUGGCGGUAAUGUUCCUCAACCCAAACCUAGAAGAGUCUUCAUCAUUCAUAUACAACUAUCAGAGUUGCAUCAUUUACAUCCUGGGACUGAUAUCGGUGUUGCUUCCAUCUGUGCUGCUCUACAAAGUUGCAGAUAUUGCCCAUCAGUGCCAAUAUUCAGAUCAACUGCUGAUCUCACGGGGAAUUAUAGCCGGCUUCGUCUACAUCUUCCCCAUGUUGGUCUUUGUACUCUUUUUUACGCCAUGCACCUUCUGAUGGACCUUGAUCCUCAAGUGAAACUAAAGCAGAUUAAACGUGAGAGCUGGGCGAGCUGAGGUGGUGCAGAAGCCAGUCCAGGGAGCUGGGGUUCAGCCCUCUGGUGUAUGGGGAAGAGUGAUCACAUCAUUGUGUUGUGCAGUUUGUACGUCUGUUUCUCUAGUUAGUGUGACUGAGGCUGUGCUUGUCCUUGUACAGAGUCUGGGUUUCACCAUCAUUAUCUGUGUGUCCCUGUGUCCUGCACACAGUGGUGUGUGAGUAGUGGUCACUCAGAUGGCCAGGGUGUGUGUGAGUAGUGGUCACUCAGCCACAGAUGGCCAGGGUGUGUGUGAGUAGUGGUCACAGAUGGCCAGGGUGUGUGUGAGUAGUGGCCACACAGAUGGCCAGGGUGUGUGUGAGUAGUGGUCACUCAGCCACAGAUGGCCAGUACUACCACACACUGAGGCAGGGGCGAGGCGUGUGGACACACAGAUGAUGGUGGGCGGUGAGAAGGAACCCCACACCCUGAAACUCUGCCAUGUACACGUUCCUUGUAUUCAUUAAAGGAAGCUGCCAUACGGACACACUUGUGAAACUUUACAGCGUGGAAACAGGCCCUUCGGCCCACUGAGUGCAUGCUGACCAGCGAUCACCCCACACCCCAUAACUCUGUCCUACACACACUGGGAACAAUUUACAAUUUUGAACAAAGAGGACUAUGGAGCCAUGAGGGAGGAGCUGGCCAAAGUUGACUGGAAAGAUACCCUAGCAGGAAUGACUGUAGAACAACAAUUGCAGGUAUUUCUGGGAAUAAUACAGAAGGUGUAGGAUCAGUUCAUUCCAAAGAGAAAUAAAUAUUCCAAGGGGAGUAAGGGGCGACCAUGGCUGACAAGGGAAGUCAGGGACACUAUAAAAAUAAAAGAGAAGAAGUAUAACAUAGCAAAGGGUUCUAGGUAAAUUCCACCAGGUAAAAUUCCACCAGGUAAAUUCCACCAGGUAAAUUCCACCAGGUAAAUUCCACCAUAGGUAAAUUCCACCACGGUAUAUUCCACCAUGGUAAAUUCCGCCAGAGCAAAUAAAAAAAAGGAACUCCCAC